AAGUAAAAUACAAUCCGGUCUGGAAAUACCGUCGGCUCUCUCUGCUCGGGCUAAGAAGGGCGAUGGGGGGAAAAGGGCGGCGGCGGCGGGAGAAGAACUACCGAGCGGCGCACGGUGCCGAUGCGCGCCUCCCUCCCCCGCCGAAGCUGAAGGAGCUCGAGGCCGUCCCCUCCAAGCUGCGCCGCCUCAUCAAGCUCAGGAACACGAACAACCCACCAGAUCAAGGUCGCGAAGGUGCGGGGGGGAGCGAGGAGAGGGGACGAAAAGCUGCCGGCCGGGAGGAGAAUAAAGAUGUGCGUACUUCUGGCGACAAAGUAGAUAUAGGAGAUUCCGGUGGGAAAACUACAACGAGGAAAAAUAUGGAGAAAGAUGAGACUGCAGACUUAAGUAUAGAUGGUGUUCAAAAGGGAAAAAGAAAGCGGUUGGCAGUUACAGAUCUUCGCUUCCAGGAUUUGGACCAAAGCACUUCUCAGUCUAGGAAGAAAAAACGCAAGGAGUAUUUUGAAGCCAAAAGGAAGAAAAGCAAGAAGCAGAAAACAGAUGAUAUUCUGGAAUUCCCAGGGCGUGAAGAAAUCAAAUUUGGUGAAAUCGUUGAUGCUCCCCCUAAAUUGUCAUUUCCGAAGGUUCUGAAGAGUCCGAUGGAUGCUUCACUUGAAAGGCACAGGUUGCAGGCGAUCGAAAAUUACAGGAAUCAGAGAGGAUGGUCAUCAAGGCCUGGAAUUAAACUUCCUUCUCUAGCAGAAGACCUGGCACUGUGAUCAGUUUUUUGUACUAUUUUUCUCUCUUUUUUCCUUUUUAAUUCUUUUCUCUUAAACUUAUUAGGUCCCACAGAUUGGAAGUUCUAUAGAACCAUUAUAUUUGUCAAUCAUCAGGCGGAUAUCCGUGUAAUGUCAAUUUAUUCUUGUCCAGAUGCAUCUUUGCACCACAAAUAGCAGCCUCGUUGGACGGUGAUUACUUGAAUUCUAUGAUACAGUCUGUUCGCCGCUUGCAUAGUAUUGUUA